GAGGAUCAAAGUGGGUGGUUCUGUCAAUUGCUAGUUCGCCGCCAAUUGCAUGAAAUUUUGGGGGCCUAAAAAGAAAAACCCCAAAAUCAUCAAAAUCUGGUGGGUUCACAUUUUCUAGGGGAAAUUUCAACUUUGAAAGAUCAUGUGCAUAGCGGUGUUUAUGUGGGAAACCAACCCACUUUAUCCUUUCCUUUUAUUUCUCAACAGAGACGAGUAUCACAGCAGGCUGACAGAGCCAUUAGGUUGGUGGGAGGGUGGGGACAUUCUGGGAGGAAGAGAUGGGCAAGCUGGUGGGACAUGGUUGGCUUCUUCGAGAGAUGGAAGGGUGGCUUUUAUCACCAAUGUUAGGGAGCUCCAAUCAAUUCCUGAAGCUAAGAGUAGAGGACACCUCCCUGUUCGUUUCUUGCAGAGUAAGAAGAAGCCCAUUGAAUUUGCUGAAGAAGUGGUGAAUGAGGCAGAUCAGUAUAAUGGGUUCAACCUGAUAGUGAUUGAUAUUUGUUCAAAAUCCAUGAUUUAUGUAACAAACAGACCAAAAGAAAAUGGAAACUUUAUCACAGAGGUUUCCCCUGGGAUUCAUGUGCUAUCAAACGCAAGCCUAGAUUCACCUUGGCUCAAGGCUCAACGAUUGGAUCGUAAGUUCAAGGAGGUCAUGGAUAUUUACAAUAAAGAUGAACUCCCGCUUAAAGAGAUGGUCGCAGAACUAAUGAUGGACACGACGAAAGACGAUUUAAGCAUGCUACCUCGCAUAUAUCCACCUGAGAUUGAAUAUCAUUUAAGUGCCAUAUAUAUCGGUUUCAUUCGUCCCCAGGGGCGUUAUGGCACCAGAAACCAGUCAGCUUUGUCCGUGAAAUCAAAUGGGAAAGUCUGCUUUUUUGAAAGGUAUUUGGACAUGGAUAUUUGGAAGGAGCAGACAAUAACUUACCAAUUUGAGAUUACGAAAUAGAUCAUUGGAUUCAACUCACCAGCUACACUGAUUUGAGGAGUUAAAGAUAUAUGGAACUUACCAAAUAAAACAAAGUUUGUAUGAACUUGUGAUAAUAAUUGCCUUCUCAUUCUGUAAACUAACAAAGUCGACUACUUUCUAUCUAUAA